AUGGUGAGAACGAGAAAUCAAAGGCAAGGAAAAUUACCUCGGAGAGGAACCAACUCACAGCACGCCGGCACCGGAGUUCCAUCAAACCCGGUAUGCAUCGAAGAAGAGGACACAACCACCAUCAUCAUGGACCCGGUUCCCAUCUCGCAAGUUCCAUUCGAAGAAAUUCAAGAAUGUCAAAACCCUAAUCCAGGUAAUUUUACAGUUGAUUUACAUGGAGAUCUUACGAUUUCUCCAUCCAUUGAGGAUGAAUUGAGGGAAAAUGCAAAUUCUACCCAAGAAGAAGGCGAACAACACGCUGUAGACCCCUCACCUCCACCUACUCUAUCCGACAGAGAACAGAGAAAACUGAAGAGGGCUGAACCCUACGAAGGGGCAGACCCCAGAGCAAAACGAGAGGAAACAGAAUGUAGGGAAGAAGUCUCAGAAAAGAAGAAAACGAAAUUGACUGCAAAGGAAAAGGGAAAACAGAAAGUCCUUAGAGAUACUGAGAAAAAGAAAUUACCUACUAGGGAUAAAGGGAAACAAAAGGUAGUUAGUGAUGCUGACCUGUCAAAACUACCAAAGCCUUAUAGUCCAAAAUUCUUGACAAACGAAAAUGCCAAAGAAUGGAACAAAAUCAUGGAUAAAAAGGUCAUAAGUCAAAAGCUUUUAAUACUAGACAGGCUAGAAAAUUGUGAACAAAUCACUGAGGUGUUAACAAAAACAAACCUCUUAGGAUCAGUCAUCAAUAUUGACCCUUAUGAGGAACAGGUUGUGAAAGAAUUCUACUGCAAUCUCACCAAAGGCACAUCAUCUCCCAACAACCCUAGGUAUGAAAAGGCAUAUCUAAGGGGGAAAUUCUAUGAUUUCACUCAGGAAAUCAUCAAUGCUCAACUAGGAACACCCAGUGAAGAACAGAAUAUUCAACUAGAGAAUGAACAGGUCAUCCAAGAACUUACAGCUGGGAACGUGAAUUUUGAUAAAAACAAAAUCAAAGCUCCCUCGCUAACACGCAAAUAUGCGAUACUACAGAAAAUUGCUCUUGUGAAUUGGAUGCCCUCUCUACACGAAACAACAGUCAAAAGGAGUUUGGCAGAGCUACUGUACAAAAUAGGAAAGGGAAUCCAGGUCAACAUUGGAAAUAUUGUGUAUUCACAGAUCUCAAAGUUGGCAGAAAGUAGUGAGUCAAAGGCUUCGCUCAUUUUUCCAAAUCUGAUCCACGCUAUCCUAUACAAGCAAGGGCUGAAGACACGUGGACCAAAAACACAAGUCAAGACCAUAAACACAACCAAAAAACUGAAGAAGGGGAGUCAUCAAAAUGAUCUCAAAGCCUCUUUUCCAACUGAUAAUCCAACUGACCAACAAACCUUGAUCAAGUACUUUGAGAAAAAGUCAAAAGAAUUGGAUGAUGCAGAAAAAUAA